AGUACACCUGGAACAAUGAUGCACAGCCCUGGAGGUCUUAAGGUAUUUAAAGACCUUCUACAGCUGCUGCAUAAUGAUAUACUUGUAACAAUGGGUUUGCUGAAUUUGUUGUACUUUUUGAUUGCUGUAGGUUUUUUCAAAGUAGGGUUAUGUGAUAAUACUUGGGAUUCUUUCAGAAAUAAUUUGCAGUCCUCUGUUAGAGGAGGUAACACUGAUUAUGGUGCCUAUGCUAAGGUUGGCCUUUUCCUCUAUCCCUCACCCCAUGAUGACACCAUUCACUUUCGUUCUGCAUUUCCCCAAAGCACUGUUACAGUACAGUGUAAUGAAGCUGAUCUUGUAGUGAUGGUAGAUAAAGAUCUUUUUGGAAAUGGUCAGCUGAUAAAGGAAGCUGAUGUUACCCUUGGUUCUGCAGGCUGUAAUCCCACUUUUGUAAAUACAACAACUGUUGCAUUUCAAUAUGGACUCCAGGAGUGUGGGAGUACACUCAAGAUGACUUCAGAUUCAUUCGUGUACAAUACAAAUGUCUACCACAAACCAACUACAAGACUCUCUAUUAUAAGAACCAAUGGAGCAGUAAUACCUAUCCAGUGCCAUUACCCAAGGAAAGACAAUGUAAGCAGUGAUGCCAUCAAACCAACUUGGGUGCCAUUCAGGUCAACUGUGGCUUCAGAGCAAAGGAUGAAUUUCUCAUUGAGACUUAUGAAUGAUGAUUGGAGUACUCAAAGGACUUCCACAGAAUUCUACCUGGGAGAUGUACUGCAUAUUGAAGCUUCUGUCUCAACAGACAACCAUGUUCCUCUACGACUCUUCAUUGACAGUUGUGUUGCAACACUGCAGGAAGAUGAGACCUCUAAUCCCAGAUAUUCCAUCAUUGGCAAUUAUGGUUGCCUAGCUGACAGCAAGCUUUCAGAUUCCUCUUCUGCCUUUAAAGCUCCAAGACCCCGGGACAAUACUCUUCAGUUUGAUCUGGCAGCUUUCCGGUUCUUCAAAGAUUCCAGAAAUCUGAUGUACAUCACCUGUCACCUGAAAGCUAUAGGCAUUACUCUGGUUCCAGAUGCUACAAGCAAAGCCUGUUCCUACAUAAAACCUGGCAAUUUCUGGUCUGCAGUUGAUGGAUUCAAUAACAUCUGCAGCUGCUGUGAUGGUGGGAACUGUGGACCGUCUGCCAGGAGUAAACAACUCAGAACUUAUGGAAGGAAACAUGGGAAAAGGAAUAUUGUUGGAUCUGAAGCAAGCAUCCAUCUUGGUCCAAUUCAUGUCAAAAACUCAUUGUCUGAACCUUUAGAGACCAAAAUGGCAUAUACUUCACAUCAAAACUUCUAUGGUUCUGUUGUUGAAGCAAUGUCGUUUGCCAUCCUUGGAGCUGGAGUUUCAGCUUUGUGUGCUGCAGUCAUCAUCUAUGUGAAGCACAGAGCAUUAUUAUAACUUGGAAUAAAAAUUUCAUUUUCAUUAGAAA